GUCGAUUCCCACGUGCUGUAAUUGGUUGAAUUGACAAAAGGAAGCGUCACAACCGCUGGAAACCCUUCGAAUAUCAUAUUGACUGUGCAGUGAUCAAUAAUAUAUGCUAGCUUGGAAGUCUCCCUGUCGUUUCGGUAUAUAUUAACCAAUUUGUAAUGGCAAACGGAAACACGCCGAAUCGCCAAAGUUCUGAUGGUGUUCCUGUUUUGCUUCCACCUCCUCAUCCUGGCUCAACAAGGUACCGUCUCAAAGAUCUCCUCUCGUCAGAUAAAGGCGAAGACAAGGAAAGGGUUCGUGUAGAGCACUAUGUCCAUGACAAGUCAUUUAAAGAAAGAGUUAAAUUCUAUUUUGUAACUGAUCAAAGAUCUAGUAUAAGAUGGCAGAUAUUUCGCUUCAUCCUGAAGAUAGUGUCAUGUGUAUUGUAUGUUGUACGAGGCUGCUAUGAUUUAGAUCCAAAUCGAGCUGGUGGAUCUGGUUGUCCAGAUAACAGAACUGCCAACCGUGAGUGGGCUUGUCCUGUAUAUCAUGAAGGAGAGAAUUAUUGGUGGUCAUUGCUAUGGGUUGAAAGACCCCCUUUGAUAUGGAUUGUACAGACAAUCAUUGCAGUGUACAGUAUACUGGAAGCAAUCUUGCUUAGUUAUUUGACCUUCAAGGGAGGUUCUGUCAUUGGUCAAAUUGUAAAUAGUCGUGUUAUUGCUGAGAUUUUGCUAGGAAUGCCUUUCUUAAUAUCUAUAUUUUAUAGCAGACUAAGAAAUUUGUGGGUACCUCUGUUUUUGAAUAUUUGGCUUGCCAAGAAUGCAUUAGAUGCAAUGCUUAAUGAUCUUCACCGACUAGCUCUGCGCCAGCAGUCAGCAGUAUCCCAAAAGGUUCUUGUAGUGGUUGGAACUGUGUUAUGUAUAUUAUUUACUGGAAUAUGUGGUAUUCAUCACCUUGAGAGACCUGCUUCACAGUGGAGUUUUUUUGUGUGUAUCUGGUUUGUGAUGGUGACGUUUAGCACAGUGGGCUAUGGUGAAUACACUCCAAGUGACUGGCCAGCACAGACAUUUGUUAUGAUAAUGAUUGCCUGUGCUAUCAUUAUGCUACCUAUUGAGUUGGAGCAGCUGGCUUUCUUGCUGGUUUCUCGUCAGAAAGAGGGUGGUACAUUUAAUCGCAUGCUGGCUGGUUCUGAAAAACAUGUGGUAUUAUGUGCAACAAUACUCCGGCCAACUAUGCUGAUUGACUUCUUGAAUGAGUUUUAUGCUGAUACCAGAUUGCAGGAUGCCCAUGUGGUUUUACUCUGUCCAUCAGAGCUUGACAGCACACUGAGAAUUCUCCUACAGGUACCCCAUUGGUCACAGAGAGUCACGUUUUUAAAGGGAUCUGCACUCAUUGAUGAAGACCUUAUAAGAGCCAGGGUUGAGGAUGCUGAAGGAUGCUUCAUCCUUACUGACAGAUAUGCAGAUGACAGAGAGGCUGCUGACAAGCACACCAUUUUGAGGACAUGGGCUAUUCAGGACUUUGCUCCUGCUACUCCAUUGUAUGUACAGAUCCUCAAGCCAGAGAACAAGUUUCAUGUCAGCUUUGCAGAGCAUGUUGUCUGUGAAGAUGAAGUGAAACAUGCCCUCUUGGCUAGUAACUGUGUGUGUCCAGGAAUUUCCACAUUUUUCACUCUACUUCUUCACACCCUUCAUGAACAGAGUGGAUCAGAAGAUUGGCAUGAGAUGUAUGGUAAAUGUGCGGGAAAUGAAAUUUAUGACAUCCGCCUGGGGGACAGCAAGAUCUUUAGACCAUAUGCACAAAAGACAUUUAUGCAUGCUGCUUUUCAUGCACACAAGAAGUAUGGUGUGACACUCUUUGCAGUUCGUUCAAUUGGAAAAGGUUCUCGUAUUCUGUUAAAUCCUGGUCCAAACCACAAAAUGAGUACUGAGGAUAGAUGUUUCUACAUCGCCAUCUCCAGUGAAGAAGACACAGCAUUUAAAGCCUACAAAGAGCCAAAAAAGUCAGUCAGUUUAUUUAAGGGAAGCUUUAGGCACAAGAACGAUUCAUUUAUCACUGCAAGCUCUGUGGCUCUUGAGCUGAAUACCGACUCUGUUGAAGCAGUAGGACUUAAGUACCUAGAGGAGGCUCCUGCUAAUGGUGUUGGACAUGCCAGCUCCACUGAUCAAGUGACAUCAUCUUCAUCAGUCAAACUAGAACAGGAAACUUCUUCCAUGAAACCAUCACGAGGAUUUAAAGAAGUUGUUUUUGACAUAGCAGACUCAAGACGAUCAUCAAAUUCUGUGUAUGUACCCAAUGAAUCAGAUUCCGAGGAGGAAGAACACGAAGAACAGGAAUUUGGUUUGCUGGAUGACACCAGUAGGAUACCCAGCUAUGUGGCUGGAGUUCCUCCUUGUUCUUUGUAUAUUGGUCGCACUCCUAUCAGAUGUCAUCUUCUGAAAACUCCUAAAAAAGUCUGCUGUUUAGGGCUCAGAAAUGAGGCCUGUUUAGACCGUGAUCUGAAUGACAGUGCCAGAUUACAUCAGAGACAAAAGGGAGCUAUCAUUGUGGCGUCACCUGUAGCCGAAGCUGGAUUGUACAACUUUAUUUUGCCCCUCAGAGCUUAUCAGCGGCCCAAGUGCACCCUUAAACCCAUAGUACUUCUCUUGAAAGAAGAGCCCAGUGAAGACUUCUUAAUGGCUGUGCGUCACUUUCCCAUGCUGUAUUAUAUUCAAGGAACCAUAAAUAGUUUGGACGACCUUCUCAAGGCUGGUUGCCUUCAUGCGGACAGUAUAGUAGUUGUAGGUUAUCGAUCUCAAGGCCAGAUGUAUGACGAGGAGCACAUGGCAGAUGCCAGUACCAUCGUAGAAGUGCAGAGCAUCUACAGAUGUUUUCCAAGAGCGACUCUGAUUGUGGAGCUGACACAUGCGUCCAACAUGCGCUUCAUGAAGUUCAAUGCCGAUGUAACCCUACCUCCUGGAUUACAAAGCGAAUCACUUGCUAGUUUUAAAACACGGAGCUUCAGAGAGAGUGUCAAGAGGAGAAUCAAACAGCAGAAUAAAGACCAUUUAAACUAUAUGUUCCGUGAACCCUUUGCUGCCGGUCACGUGUUCAGCAUGAGCAUGCUGGAUACCCUGCUGUAUCAGGCAUUUGUGAAGGAAUACAUGAUCUACCUGGUCAGACUUCUGUUAGGCUGUGAACAAUCGCCUGGAUCAGGAUAUCUCUCUUCACUGAAAGUCACUGAAGAUAAUAUUUGGAUCGAAACGUAUGGAAGGCUUUUUCAGCGACUUUGCUCGACAACGUUUGCCAUUCCUAUUGGCCUCUAUCGAUCACAUAUUCCAGAGGAGGACAGUGUUGAUGCCUUCCCAAGGAUGAGAAAGAAGGAGACUAGGGACAUCUCGGACAUCAUCGAGCACAGGAUGAAAGUUUUGAACAUCACUGGAACUCCUGAUAUGACUCACAGGUUAGGUAACUCUUACGUGGUUGUCAACCCCAAUCCUGAGUUUCAGUUACAAAUCGGUGACAUCAUCUACCUGAUUCGUCCAUGCAACACAAGUAUGUCAGAUACAGAGGAGGAACCUACCGAUUCAGUUAGGGUGGACGACAUUCCAAGUACUUCUCUGUGAGUGGAAUGACAGCCUGCAGUGGGAAGAAAUGAGAGCAGCCGCAAGUAGACACAAGUGACGAUGUUUCUACCUAAUGGGAGAUCUCUUUGUGUGUCACAGACUUUGGCCUUGUAGAGGAAUUCAUCCGUCAAUGAUGUUGAUCACGAUGAUAGAGCUGUGGUAUACUUCGUGCAUGUAGCCUGUUUAAAGGGUCUUGCUAGAAUGAUGUCCGGCAGUGUUACGCAGUCCACAGCACUGAGAACAAUGAAAUAGACACUAGAAAACGAAAGAUGCGAGCAGGAGUUUGAGUGAUCUGCCGUGAACAGAUCCAAAGUAUUCAUUGAUAUCUUAUUCCAAUUGCGAUCCUAUAGUGA